AUGGCAGACUUCUCCCUCCCUAAGGAUUCUUAUUUCCUUGGAUUUGACAGCUCUACCCAGUCACUGAAGGUAACUGUGCUGGACUCCAAUCUCAAUUAUGUUACCUCAGAGCUUGUCCAAUUUGACACCAGUUUGCCACAUUACAAAACCAAAGAUGGAGUUUACCGAGAUGCCUCGGUUGAUGGUAGAAUUGUUUCCCCAACCUUGAUGUGGGUGGAAGCUCUAGAACUUGUACUCGAUAAGCUUUCGAAAUCAAAUUUGGAUUUUGGGAAGAUCAUUGCUGUUUCCGGUAGUGGGCAGCAACAUGGUAGUGUGUAUUGGAAGAAUGGGAGUUCCUCAAUACUGUCAUCAUUGGACUCCAAAAAGCCAUUGGUGGAUCAGCUCAGUGAUGCCUUUUCGGUCAAGGAAUCUCCGAUAUGGAUGGACAGCAGCACCGCAGCACAAUGUAAAGAAUUAGAGAAUGCUGUUGGUGGAGCAUUACAGCUAUCCCAGCUUACAGGUUCACGAGCUUACGAAAGAUUCACAGGCCCUCAGAUCAAGAAGAUAUUUGAGACACAGCCAGAAGUUUAUAACAACACCGAGAGGAUCUCUCUUGUUAGUUCAUUUUUGGCAUCUCUUCUAAUUGGAGGAUAUUCCUGUAUUGAUGAAACUGAUGGUGCAGGGAUGAACUUGAUGGAUAUAAAGAAAAAGACCUGGUCUGAAGUACUAUUAGAGGCCACUGCCCCUGGCCUGGAGGAUAAACUCGGAAAGUUAGCCCCUGCUUAUGCUGUUGCUGGUCACAUUGCUCCAUAUUUCAUGGAAAGAUACAAAUUCAACAAGGAUUGCUUGGUUGUUCAGUAUUCAGGAGACAAUCCUAACAGCUUAGCAGGCUUAACCCUAAGUGCCCCAGGGGAUCUUGCAUUGAGUCUUGGCACAAGUGAUACUGUCUUUGGUAUUACUGAUGAUCCUCAUCCUGGAUUAGAAGGACAUGUUUUCCCUAAUCCUGUUGACCCGAAAAGCUACAUGGUAAUGUUGUCUUACAAGAAUGGGUCUCUAACUCGUGAAGAUAUUAGGGACCGCUUUUGCGAUGGUUCUUGGGAAAGAUACGACCACUAUCUUACAUAUGCCAAGCCUCUGAAUGAUGGAAAGAUGGGUUUCUAUUAUAAGGAGCAUGAAAUUCUUCCCCCACUUCCAGUCGGAACACAUCGCUACAUUCUUGAAAAUUUCACCGGUGACACUUUGGAGGGUGUGACUGUACGUGAAGUGGAUCAGCAUUUUGACCCAGUUUAUGAUGAGGCUAGGGCAGUAGUAGAGGGCCAGUUCAUGUCAAUGCGAGGUCAUGCAGAAAGAUUUGGAAUGCCGUCUCCUCCAGGACGAAUAAUAGCAACUGGUGGUGGAUCAGUAAAUCGUUCCUUCCUGUACAUUGCAGCAUGUGUAUUUGGAUGUGAGGUGUACACUGCUCGUAGAUCUGAUUCAGCGUCUCUUGGAGCUGCAUUGAGGGCUGCUCAUGGUUGGCUAUGUAGCACAAAAGGUACUUUUGUGCCCUUCUCGUGCUUGUAUGACAAGAAGAGUGGAAAUACAUCACUCAGGUGCAAACUUGAAGCGAUUUCGGACAUAAAUUUGGUUAACAAGUAUGCCUUGAUGGUGAAGAAGAGACUUGAGAUAGAGAACAGCCUUGUUGAAAAACUCGGCCGCAUGUAA